CCGCCUGUCCGAACGCAUCGCCGACGCUCACCGCAACCUUCAGGUCGCAAGGUGUAGAGCAGGAUGAACACAGCAGGCCAAGCAGCAUCACAGGAGCGGGAAGGCUGACGUUUCGGGCCUGGACCCAGGGCAGGAAAUGGACUGCAAUUCCCAGAGCGCACCGCGGGUACCUAUCACCCCGCCCCGGCCUCUUGGGAGGCACGUAAGAUGGCGGCGGCUAGGGGUCGAGUUGUCCUGAGAACCGUGAAAGAAGUUAUUGUGCAGUUCUGUCCCUUUGAGUCCAAUGUUCGCGGCGCCAGGGAAUUUCUUGCUGCAGUAGGAACAGAAAAGGCACGCCUAACAAACUCUAAUUGCCGGAUUGUAGCUGAUGUAAAGCAUGAUGAGACGGAGCCUGUUAUAUCAGUCACCUUCAAUGAUGGAGAAAGAUUGAUCAUGAAAGCAGCAAACUUGACAAGCAGGGAGAUGUUGUCAUUUUUCCAUGAGAAAUGCUUUGCAAAGGACCCUCAGGCAUAUGAGAAGGCAUCAAAAAAAAGCCACUAACAUUAAAUUGGGUAUUCCCGUUAUAUAUUCAUUUAUUCCUGAGCAUACUUGGAAAACCAAGCCUUGCCCAGUGCAAAUGAUGUUUGACCAUUUUAGUUUAAAAAUGGCAAGCUUGGCAAAAAUGGAACUGAUCAACAUGUUAAAACAUCUUUUCACUUCAUCAUUCAGGUGUCAUUUUAAAGAUUAAUUCAUCCUGAAGUAAGAUGAAAAAAAUAUUACCAGGACCAUGGGGAGUUGUAGUUUUUCACUAACUAUCAAAAUAAGUGAUUGUGAAUCCUAAUUUAUUGCCCUAUUGUCAUAUUAUGCCUGUAUUAGCCACUUAAGUCCUGUCAAUUUAACAAUAUUGUGUUUUAAUAAUUGGUAUUUUUUGUUGAUACAACUUGCGCCACCUUUUUGUGUCUAUAUCAGUGAUUCCAAAAUACAACUGAGGACAACAGAAAGUUAUAUGCAAAUAAAAGUCAUUUGUCUUCAGAUUCUUAAAAAGAA